GAGAGAGAGAGAAGGGGGAGAGGCGGUCACAAUUCCGAGUAAGAACGUCAGAUCUCGGCGUUUGUGUUGGGAAAGGGGUGACAGACGAGAGAACAGAGCAGUGGACAAGUACGAUUAGCAGGCUUAUAAAAAGAGCAGAAGCCGACACAAAACAAUCUCCAAGUGGACACGAGGAACAGAGAAGCAGUCUGCAUCUUUAGCAGGAUUAUGGGCCUAUGUUGUCUUCCCAUUUAAACAUCAUCUGACCUAAAAGGGGUGUUUUUUAUGCGCCCUUAAAAUCGUUUCCUGAGAUCUGCUGUGUGUGGGGUUUUAACACUGGAUUUUAAAAAUGAUGGAUGAGCCUCAGGACUUUUUAUCCUAAGUUUUUAUUACCCAGUAUGGAUUUAUAAUACCAUUAUCUGUCAUUUUGCCGGAAUACCAUUCCCCACUUUUGGAGUAUUUUACGCACAGCCCUCUUGUGUUUGGAUGACUCUGCAAAUCAUUACUGCAAACUUUCUAAAGUGUGUUGUUGUGCUCUUUCAUACAUUUCUGUUAUCCAGCUUGCCUCCUUUCUCAAGUGAAUCAUCAGUAUCACGUCUCGCUUCUGGCUUUACCCGUAAUAGCAACACAGAUCGCUUGACACUUCUUGCAGACUGACACUGGUGCCUCCUGAACUGGGGUCGGUACUGUUUAUGUUCUCUCGCCAUCUGUUUUAAAUAAUUUUCACAACUCUGGACGACAAUAUUAUCUACCAUCUGAAAUGCUGCCUCUGUACCCUCUGUUCCUCCUCGUUUUCCCCGCUGCGCUCUUUGUGGCCGCGCAAGGCUCCGGGGACCUCCAGGGGUUCACCUUCCCCGGUAGGAGCGUAGGUUUCGACCCAACAGACCCCUGCAUGGUGGUAUCUCCACCAUGUAUGAGCGAGGCGGAUCGCUACAGCCUGGAGGCCCUGCGGAGCAUCCAUCAGAUGAUGGACGAUGACCAAGAUGGAGGGAUUGAGGUGGAGGAGAGUGUGGAGUUCAUCAUUGAAGACAUGAAGCAGCAGCAGACCAACAAACACAGCAAUCUGCACAGAGAAGACCAGCACAUAACAAUUGAGGAGCUCUGGAGGGGCUGGAAGUCGUCUGAAGUACAUAAUUGGACUCAAGAUGAGGUGCUUCGCUGGCUGAAAGACUUUGUUGAGUUGCCACAGUAUGAGAGGAACUUUAAAGACUUUAAGGUCAAUGGAAACACACUUCCCAGGAUUGCAGCGAAUGAACCUUCAUUCCUGAGUGGCCACCUAAGAGUUCAGGACCAGAGAGACAAACAGAAGCUCAACAUCAAAGCUCUGGAUGUCGUUCUGUUUGGACCGCCUACACGUCCCCCUCAUAACUACAUGAAGGACCUGCUGCUAAUUGUAUCGGUGGUGAUGGGAGUUGGAGGCUGCUGGUUUGCCCAGGCCCAGAACAAAGCCAGUAAAGUCCACAUAGGCAAGAUGAUGAAAGAUUUGGAAAGUCUGCAGAGUGCUGAACAGAGCCUCAUAGAUCUGCAAGAACAACUGGAGCGAGCCCAGGAAGAAAAACGUAAUGUUGCGGAGGAAAAACAGAACCUUGAGGAGAAGAUGAGGGAUGAGAUCAUGGGGGCGCAGGAGGAGGCUUACCGCCUGCAUGAGCUGAGGCAGGGAGCUGUCAGUGAGCUCAGCCGCCUCCGAUAUGCAGAGGAAGAGCUGGAGCAGGUCCUUGGAGCACUGAAGCAGGCAGAGAUGGACAUGCAUGCUAGCUGGACUGCCUCAGAGGCCCUCCAGCAGUGGCUGCAGCUGACACAUGAGGUAGAGGUCCAGUACUACAAUGUCAAGAAGCAGAGUGCAGUACUACAACUUGCCUCUGCCAAGGAAGAGGCAGAGAAGAUUAAGAAGAAGAGGAGCUCUGUGCUGGGUACUCUCCAUGUCGCCCAUAGCUCCUCUCUAGACCAAGUUGACCACAAGAUCCUGGAGGCAAAAAAUUCCUUGUCUGAAGUAACAGCCUGCUUACGGGAGCGCCUCCAUCGCUGGCAGCAAAUUGAGCGCCUCUGUGGCUUCCCCAUCAUUAGGAAUCCUGGCCUAGCGAACCUCACUGCUCAGCUCUACUCAGACUCAGUUGCCCUUGGGUUGCCCCGAGUGCCCCAGCCAUCUUGUUCAUGCCACAGCUCCGUUCAUGGAUCCAUAGAAGAUCUGUUAGAAGAGUCUGCUUCUCCAGUCUUACCACAGAUGCCAGUUCCACCACUGAAGCGCUCUCCUCGAACAAGGGGAUCCACCAUAUGCCGGUCACGUCGUCCCGGAACCGUCACUCAGCCACCAGUCGCCAUGAUCUCCCCAGACCCCGACCUUCUCAUCCCCAUCCGAGCCCCAUACCCUUGCUUUGAUGAGGAAGAGGGUCUCUUCCUGAAAACUCUGAAGAAACAAGACUCCCAAGAGAUGUUUUCAGACACAGAAUAUAUGACUUCACCUCCUCUCAGCAAAAUGUUCCCUAGUCCCACUGUUGAUGCUUCCUCUCAAAAGCUCUAUCAUGAUGAAACUGAGGUACUUUCAGACAGCUCCAUUACAAAGCCUUUGAGUAAAGAAGUAGAAGCUGUUGUUGAAUCUCCAGUUCGCAAAAUGUCUAUACAAGAGCAUGAAACUUCUGUAGAUGUUUCCUGCAGGAAGCUGGCAAAAGACAAAGUGUUGGAUAAUUCUUUGGAAACCCCUUCUUUGAUGAUGUCCAAAGAAGAGUCUUUGAUAGAGGCUACAUCAAGGAAGAUAUCCAGAGACAGGAGUGAAGUUCCCAUGAAUGUUUCAGUUAGAAAGGGGCUUUCCAAUGAGUUGGAUGCAGAAUUUCCAGCCAGGAGAGUAGAGAGAGAUACAAUAGGGGAUUUGAUGGACACUGCUUCAAGGAAUGUAUACAGAGAACGAAGUGAUUUACCUCUGGAUGUGAGAAAGAUUCUUUGGAAUGAAUUAGAAGCAACAACAGAUGUGGCACCUAGGAAGCUAUCAAGAGAUAUGAUGGGGGCUUCAAUGGACAGUCCCUCAAGAAAGAUGACACGAGAUGAUGUUGAGCGUCCGUUUGACUCAGUAUCCAGAAGGAUUACAAGAGAUUCAAUGGGAAUGUCCCUAGACACAGGUUCUAGAAAGCUUCCAUGGAAUAAAGGGGAAUGCCAGCUUGAUUCCUCUGUGAGGGCAUUAGCAAUGGACAAAAUGGUUGAGAUCACUAGAACACCAUCAAGAAAGAUAUCUAGAGAUGAGCUGGAGUAUUGUACAGAUACUGCUUCCAUAAAGAUGCUACCCAGAGAGAAAUUUGAAGCACUUAUGGAUACUUCGUCCUCUACAGAGAAGCAAGAGUUCGGUUUAGAACUAUCAACAAGUAGGAGGAUACUGAGAGAUGAACUUGAGAUGUCUGCUGGUUCUCUCCGAAGGAGAAUACCAAGAAUGCCAAGAGAUGACAAUGACAGUUCCACAGACACUCCCACAGGAAAAAUCUCCUGGGACAGAGUUGGUGUUCCAAUGGAAAUACCCAAACAAUCAAUACUGAGGGAGGAGUUGGAAGUAUCUGAAUCAAGUUCAUCUCCAGGUCAAAUUGGACAGCCAGACCUUAUGGUAACCUCCCAGGUGCCAUGGAAGUCGUCAUCAGAUGUUUUCACUGCUGGCCCAUUGAGCCAGCUUGUUUAUGAUGGAAUCCUUGAGAAGUCCUGCAACUCCAUGGCUUUGACCCCAACCAGCCUCUCUGUCUCAACACCCAACCUGCCCCAGAGCAGGCUGAUAGCGGUGGAGCCACCAUUGCCACCACCAAGGAUUGCCUUACAAUCUCCUGCAUCAGCCCGUGAGAGUGGAGAUGACAGGCACAAGGAUAAGGAAAAGAGCAAGAAAUCGUUAAAGCUCAAAAAUCUUUUUAAAAAGAAACAUGAGUCAACUCCAGAGAAGCUUCAAAGUGGUCUUCAGAAACUCUGACAAUGAGCUUAGAAUGUUUUCUUUUUGUUUUUACAUUUUAUUAAACCAAAAAAGGGAGUUUGACCUCAUUGAACAUAUCUUUUAGUGAAAAGUUUUUGAAAGCAUAAUCUUACCUAAAACUGGACAUUUUCAGAGCCAGUGGUGUCCAGAAUAACAAAAUGAAUGUAGUAAUGAGUAAGAGAAACAAAUAAUAUAUUGAUGUUUCCAUUCUCUGACUUUGAUACUAAAAGUAAUGGCAUAAUCACUAUAAAUGUAUGAUGUCUAAUGUUGACUGUAAAAAAAAAUGGCAAUACAAUACAGUACAUUUGGACCCAUAAGUCAGUUGCAUAUGUAAGGACAUCAAUAUGACUCUCAGUGGAGAGUAUGAUGAGUUUUUACAUAGCUUAUUUUAUAUAUGAAGCUGAUUUAUUUUCUGUUAGUAAGUCUUAUGUAGACAUAUGGUUGAUACCAUAUAUUAUUUUAGAUGCAGAUUUUUUGGAGUCUUUGCCUAUGGUUAAAGGAUUAGACGAUAUUUAAACUGACGAUGUUCUUCUGCAUAACAGAGGCAAUGCUUGAAUUCAAUUUAAACCUCCAGUGAAGACAUUUACUAGAGAAAAUUAUUGUGUUCUAUUCUGAGAGACAUUUUGUUUAAUUUAGUGUUGUCUCAAUCACUCCCCAUCCCAAUUUGAGUCGCAUGAUAAUGAGUAUGAAACAGAGUCUGAUUAAAGGCCCUGAAAACCUA